UCUCCCAUCAUAUUUUCUCCACAAAUUAAUCUCCAUUUCCUCACAUAAGGUGGGGAAACCAUUUGAUAAAACUUAAUUAAACCUAAACAAAAUGGAGCAUAGACCCAUUGAGGUGAAGUUACUUUGUGCUAAGGAAUUGAAGGAUGUAAAUGUCUUUUCCAAAAUGGAUGUUUACGUCAUCGGGUCGAUUUCGGGGGACCCACGAUCCAUGCAAAGGACUCUAAUUGAUAAAGAUGGUGGUACCAACCCAACGUGGAAUCAAGAGAUGAAAUUUACAUUUGAUGAAUCAGCUGCCCGAUUGAAUCGGCUUGGUUUAGUUUUCCAAAUUAUGUCGAACCGGACUCUUGGAGAUAAGGAAAUAGGUCGGGUUUAUGUACCCUUAAAAGAGCUUUUUGAUGUUGAGAUUAUUGAGAAUGACAAGCAUAGGCAGGUGGUUUAUCAAGUUCAAACUCUAAGUGGAAAAUUUAAGGGUCAAUUAGAGUUUUCAUUUAAAUUAGGUGACAAAUUUAUUCAAAGCAUUGAACAAAGACUUGAUGAGCCGAUUAUAGCAUACCCGGUUCUAGGUUCAAAUACACCAAGCUAUGGGUAUAACCUAUCAUUUAGACCAAUGGAUCUACUUGGAGAUCCUAGUAUAAGUGGGACCUCACAUCACAAUAGCAUUAUGGUACCUCAAAGUUAUGGAUACGGACAUGGACAUGGACAUGGACAUGGACAUGGACAUGGGUAUAUUAACCCAUGCAUGCAAUCGACGUACCCUAAUCCCCUAAUAGGAUGUCUAUAUGGAAAUGGGUAUCAAGGUGGAUAUGGGUACGUAAGACAAGCACCACCUUAUUACAUGCAACAACGGGUCGGACACAAACCAAAAAAGAGUAAAGUCGGCCUUGUGACAGCGACGGGAAUCGGCGUUGGGGCCGGAUUGUUAGGAGGAUUGUUGAUGGGGGAGAUGGCAGAGGAUGUGGCUAAUGCGGUAGACUAUAAUGACAUGUUUGGUUUUUAAGUAUUUUUCACUUUUUUAAAGGGAGAUUAAAGAACAAAUUAUGGUGAGGGGAAAUUAAAUAAUAUGCUUAAUAAAUUUAAAUUCAUUAUUGGAGAAAUUUUAUGAAACUAUAGAAAAUCACUAAAAUCAAAAACAUUGAACAAUCAUAUUACUUUGCUCACUUUACUUACUACUUCUUUUAUUUUGAUCGUUCAAAUUUAUUUUAUGUAUCGGGGCUAAUAUGUAAGAAAAUAUAUA